CGUGUCAGCUGACCGUCUUGUGACACUUGCACAAAUUUGAUAAUCUUGUGAGUUGGGUUGGUGAGGUUUUAGAAGAAACACUAAAAAAUCCAUCAAGAUGACCUCUCUACCAAAGAUGGGUGAUGAAGAACGCGAAAACAAAUUUGGAUACGUGUUCGCAGUAUCUGGUCCUGUCGUUACGGCCGAAAAAAUGAGCGGAGCGGCUAUGUACGAACUGGUUCGUGUCGGCUACUCUGAACUGGUCGGAGAAAUUAUCCGUCUAGAGGGUGAAAUGGCUACUAUUCAGGUAUAUGAAGAAACUUCAGGUGUGACCGUGGGUGACCCAGUUUUGCGUACUGGCAAACCCUUGUCCGUGGAAUUGGGCCCAGGUAUUAUGGGUUCGAUUUUUGACGGUAUCCAGAGACCGCUGAAGGAUAUUAACGAGCUCACGCAAAGUAUUUACAUCCCUAAGGGUGUUAAUGUGCCAUCGUUGUCGCGUACGACCAAAUGGGAGUUUGCCCCAUUGAAUAUUAAGUUGGGGUCACAUUUGACAGGCGGUGAUAUCUACGGUAUCGUCCAUGAGAACACUCUCGUCAAACAUAAAAUGUUGCUGCCGCCUAAAGCCAAGGGUACUGUCACAUAUGUGGCCGAUCCCGGAAACUACACAGUCGAUGAAGUCGUGUUAGAAACAGAAUUUGACGGCGAGAGGACCAAAUACACUAUGUUGCAAGUAUGGCCUGUGCGUCAACCCCGACCUGUCAGCGAAAAAUUGCCAGCCAAUCACCCCCUAUUGACCGGUCAGCGCGUACUUGACUCACUUUUCCCGUGUGUGCAAGGGGGUACCACCGCCAUUCCUGGCGCUUUCGGUUGUGGCAAGACUGUAAUCUCCCAAUCUCUCUCCAAAUAUUCCAACUCUGAUGUCAUUAUCUACGUCGGUUGCGGAGAGCGUGGUAACGAAAUGUCUGAAGUAUUGCGGGACUUCCCCGAACUGACUGUCGAAAUCGAAGGCCAGACCGAGUCUAUCAUGAAACGUACCGCUCUUGUAGCUAACACUUCCAACAUGCCGGUAGCUGCCCGUGAGGCUUCUAUUUACACCGGUAUUACUUUGUCUGAGUACUUCCGUGACAUGGGUUAUAACGUGUCGAUGAUGGCCGAUUCGACCUCACGUUGGGCCGAAGCUUUGAGAGAAAUUUCGGGUCGUUUGGCUGAAAUGCCGGCCGAUUCCGGGUAUCCGGCUUACUUGGGUGCUCGUUUGGCUUCGUUCUACGAGCGUGCCGGGCGUGUCAAAUGUUUGGGUAACCCCGAUCGUGAGGGUUCGGUGUCUAUCGUCGGAGCUGUGUCGCCUCCUGGUGGUGAUUUCUCUGAUCCGGUCACGUCGGCUACUUUAGGUAUUGUACAGGUGUUCUGGGGGUUGGAUAAAAAACUCGCCCAACGUAAACAUUUUCCAUCGAUCAAUUGGUUGAUUUCCUAUUCUAAAUAUACGCGAGCUUUGGACGAUUUCUACGAUAAGAAUUUCCCAGAGUUCGUCGCGUUGCGUACUAAAGUCAAGGAAAUCUUACAAGAAGAAGAAGAUUUGUCCGAAAUCGUGCAAUUGGUCGGUAAGGCGUCCUUGGCAGAGACCGAUAAAAUCACACUUGAGAUUGCGAAAUUACUAAAGGAAGAUUUCUUGCAACAGAACUCGUACUCGUCUUACGAUAGAUUCUGUCCGUUUUACAAAACGGUGGGUAUGUUGAAAAACAUGAUCGGUUUGUACGAUAUGUCUAGACAUGCUGUCGAAAGCACUGCUCAGUCUGAAAAUAAGAUCACGUGGAACGUGAUCAGAGAUUCCAUGAGUAAUAUUUUAUACCAGUUGAGCAGUAUGAAAUUUAAGGAUCCCGUCAAAGACGGCGAGGCGAAAAUCAAAGCAGAUUUUGACCAGCUGUAUGAGGAUAUUCAACAAGCCUUCAGGAAUUUGGAGGAUUAAAUUAGUUUUUCUGUAGGCCGUAUUUAACCUCACUUUUAAAAAUUGCCGUCUUUCGAUAUUAAUGUACAAUAUGUUUAUACACAUAAAUUAGUUCAUAGGUUGAUAAAUCCUAUAGAUUAGAGGUGAGGGUUAAAUUGCUAAAUUUCGUCCCUUCAUUCCAGUUAUUUUUAAGGAAUUUUUAUUUUUCAUGUUUCCGUGAGUUUAUCAGCUUUUCCAGUAUUAUCGGGACCUUUUUUCUUUACAUUUUAUUUUUUCGUUAUUUACGCAUAUUUCGAUGUUGUAUAUUUUACCAUAUUAUUCAAACGGCUAAUUGUACAGUUAUCUAUGUUAAGUGAUUUAGCUAUAUAGAAAAUAGCACAAUAAAUUGUUUUAUUGUAAACAGAAAUAAAUGCAUUGUUGUUUCA